AGUCAGUUCGACAGAGCGACAGAGGCAGGAGGGGACGGUGUCCUGACAGACCAGAGCACCCACUCUGCUCUGACCACCAGAGUCCCGGUGUCCGUCGGGCUGCAGACUACAGGGUCUGAUGGAGCAGACAGAGAGUCUGAUGAGGGGCAGACUGGGGGACAUCUGUGAGAGGAGACAGAGGUACGAGGACGCGGCUACAGCAUCCAUGGUGACCACCAAACACAUCUACAAUAUCAACCGCAAGGCCAUCGUCAAGACACACAUGUCUGAGCUGAGGUACGUGGAGUUUGCUGAGGGCUUGGCCAUGAACCUGACAUCGCUAAGGAAACGGUCGGCUGCGUUGCUACGGAAACUGAAGGAGCAGCGAAGCCACGUCCAGAAACAGCUAGAGGACAUGUACCGGCAAGAGGUGGAAGUUGAGAUCAAACUGCGCUCCUGUCAAGGAUCAUGCAACAGGUCCAUCGCUUUCCGUAUCGACCACGACAGCUACAGAUCGCUAGCCAAUCAGAUGGCCCUGUUCAGUAACACCGCCAAGCAUCGGAAGAGCUCUCCUCUUAAUAAGGACAUCGCCAAGAUCAAACUACAGCCGGUGACUGUCGGUCCCCUGCCGUCGACCGCCUAUAAAACCAUCCCCAUGGUACAGAAGGAACUCCUGACUCAGUUUGAGGAUCUAGAACAGAAUCAUGUGGUUCUAGAAGAGGUUCUAGAAGAAACGGAAUGCCUGGGUCCUGAAAGGGAGAAGCAGGCGUUCUAGAAUGUAAAUAAUAAACUCAGAUAAAGAUGUCUGCCUCUCUGUGAUAUCUUGGUUCGGUUCUGGUUUUUAUUUACUUCUAAUAAAGGACUGCUGUUUUAAUUGACAUAAACUAUCAUUAUAUAGAGUCAUAGCCACGGGAAGUAGGGGUGUUGAGGAUGCCUCACUGGGGUUCUACUCCUGAGUGGCGCAGGGGUCUAAGACACUGCAUCUCAGUGCAAGAGGCUUCACUGCAGAAACACUUGUUCGAAUCCAGGCUGCAUCACGUCUGGCUGUGAUUGGGUGUCCCAUAGGGACAAUCGGCCCAGCGUUGUCCAGGGUAG